AUCUCACAACAGAUUAACCUCGAAAGUGAACUUACAUAAAUUUGCACAGAAAAAUCCAUAUACAGAGAGCAUGGCAAGGUGGGCAAGCGGCAGCCACGGAAGGCCCAAACAAUUCAAACACACACAUUGUAUCGAAGGGCCCAGUGGACAAUAAAAUGUGCGGCUGUGGCAUCGGCGUUGGAGUCACGACCAUACUUACGACCUUACUAAUUGUUCCAGUGAUUUCCUAUAUUGGGUGGCCUUUGGUGAUUUCCACUAUGCAAAGCUCAGCUUUGUUUUCAGGUGUAAUCUCAAAGCCACCCUCCUUGGUUCGGGUAAAAGCCCUGUUCACAGCCAAUCCGGGCACUAUUAGUGACAAUUCAAUGGCGGGUUCUGGUAGUUCUUCUGCUCCUAAAUGGGCGCAAAAGACUAUAACUCUGCCUCCCCAUCGCCGAGGCUGUCAUCUUAUUACUCCUAAGAUUGUGAAAGAAAUUGGGAAGGAUUUGUCUGAAUUUAAAUGCGGCCUCGCACAUCUCUUCCUGCAACACACAAGUGCUUCUCUUACCAUUAAUGAGAAUUACGACUCUGAUGUUAGGGAUGACACCGAGACGUUCCUCAAUAAAAUAGUUCCAGAGGGGAGAUCUGCCCCGUGGAAGCAUACUCUGGAAGGCCCAGAUGACAUGCCGGCACACAUCAAAUCAUCAAUGUUUGGCUGCACACUCACGAUUCCCAUUACCGAUGGAAAGCUGAAUAUGGGAACUUGGCAGGUGUGUACAAAUUGUGUUGGGAAUAUGGCUAUGUGAGCAUCGUGAUGAACCCAGUGCUCGGAAAGUUGUAGUCACCCUUAAUGGAAUAUAAGAAGAUAGGAUAUGGAGCUUUUGUGUUUCUUUUCUUCCAUCUAAAUUUGUAAUGAGAGUAAAUUUUAGAAAAACCAAAGCAGCUGCUUUACUUGUUAAUGUGAUGUUAUGGCAAUAAAUUUCAGAUUUGAUACUUGAAAA